AUGUUGGGUGUUGUAACCAGAUCAAACCUCCUUGGAAGGAAUGUGAUGAAAACUUUCAUCAGGAAUGGAUCCCAUGGUGGUGUUCCAGGGGAGAAUCUGCCAUUUGACAUCCACAACAGGCACAAGCUAACUUUAUUGUUUACUGUUUUCAUUGGAUCCGGUCUAGGAGCACCCUUCCUCAUCACCCGCCACCAACUGCUUAAGAAGUAA